GCGGAAAGCGACCUCGGAGCUUAGGGGUGGGGCUCAACGUCAGAAGUCAAGAUGGCGGCGGUGGUCGGAGUCUCCUUGAGGCGCCGGUUUCCGGCUACGACACUUAGCGGAGCCUGCCUGCAGGCCUGCCGAGGGGCCCAGACAGCUGCCUCCACAGCUCCGAGAAUCAAGAAAUUUGCCAUCUACCGAUGGGACCCUGACAAGACUGGAGAUAAACCUCGCAUGCAAACUUACGAAGUUGAUUUGAAUAAGUGCGGCCCUAUGGUGCUGGAUGCUUUAAUCAAGAUCAAGAAUGAGAUGGAUUCCACCUUGACCUUCCGGAGAUCAUGCAGGGAAGGUAUCUGCGGCUCCUGCGCAAUGAACAUCAACGGAGGCAACACUCUGGCUUGUACCCGAAGGAUUGACACCAACCUCAACAAAGUCUCCAAAAUCUACCCUCUUCCUCAUAUGUAUGUGAUAAAGGAUCUCGUUCCCGACUUAAACAACUUCUAUGCUCAGUACAAGUCCAUUGAGCCUUACUUGAAGAAGAAGGACGAGUCCCAGGAGGGCAAGCAGCAGUACCUGCAGUCCAUAGAGGAUCGCGAGAAGCUGGCCAAGAGCAGACCAGGCCUCCGAGCUGAGGGGCGCCCUUACUCCUGCACGCCCAGAGAGGAGGAGACCCGGGCGGGCUGGCCGGCCAGGGUCUCAGCGGGUCGGCCGGUUUCGCAGGCCUACCGCUGGAUGAUCGACUCCAGAGACGAGUUCACGGAGGAGCGCCUGGCCAAGCUGCAGGACCCGUUCUCGCUGUACCGCUGCCACACCAUCAUGAACUGCACCAGGACCUGCCCCAAGGGGCUAAAUCCAGGGAAAGCUAUUGCCGAAAUCAAGAAAAUGAUGGCUACCUACAAGGAGAAGAAAGCUUCCGCUUAACUGUUCCGGUGCUGACCCGACUGGCCCCAGCUCAGCUGAACGUGAUUUAUACCUGAUUGGAGUUCCUCCAAAGGUCUUGAUUUUCCAUGAACGCAGCAUGUAUAAUAAAAAUUUUAAAAAAUAAAAUAAAUGUUAUUCUACUUUACUAA